UUUUGUUUGUACAGAUUUAUCUUAUCUGCAAUUUUUGAUAUCAAAAGCCAAAAACGUUGAGAGUCAGUAUAACAAGAUUCAUGUUAUAAAAAUGUUGGUGUUUUUUCUGUUGAACUUGGCCAGAAUCACACAGGCAGAAGUACUGCCUUUUAAUUGUCAUGUGAAACAUUCGAGGCCUGUUGCAUGGGACGUCGAUUGUUCCAGCAGGAAUCUUCAAGUUCUGCCUAAAACUCUGGAAAAUCAGCCGAUUGUGAAUUUCACGCUUAGAAACAACAUGUUUAAAAAUGUAAGUUUCAGCGCAUGGGUAAACUUAAAAUACUUGGAUAUAUCGUUUAACCAAGUGAAUGCCUUUCAUAAAAGCAUGCUCAGCGGUGUAAAAAACCUCAACUUUCUAAACAUAUCCUACAAUACUUUAAGAAAUAUUUAUCCUGAUAAUUUUGAAGGGUUGGAACAUUUAAAAACACUUGAUAUUUCUGGAAAUUUUUUGUUGAAAAAUGAAGAAAGUGUUUAUCAAGCUAUAAACAAGACGCUUUACAACGGUCUUAGAAGACUAUACGCAAAAUCACUUGGUUUGUCAGAUUUUCCAAUUAAUAUUUUUGACCAUGCUUCUGAACUUGAAAUUCUCGAUUUGAAAUACAACAACAUCACUUUUCUUCCGAUAUUCCCGCCCAACUUAAGGGUGCUAGAUUUGAGCAGCAAUAAUUUAAAGGAACUUAAAAUGCACCCUUUUCACAUGGCUACGAAUUUAAGGGAGUUGAUCAUCGAGGACAAUAAAUACUUAACGACAAUUGACCAUGACGCUUUUCGACAUACGAAACAUCUGGAACGUAUCUCCCUGCGUGGAAGCAUCAGGUUGGACUACCUCCCAAAGCCACUUUUUUUCCAUCUGCCACUCAAGUCGCUCUCCCUGGCAAGAUGCAACUUUACAACCCUUCAUCCAUAUUUUAAGCAUCAGUUCGUCCAACUAGAAUUCCUCGAUUUGAGGGGUAAUCCGUGGGAGUGCAAUGCUUCGAUUCGAUGGUUCACCAGGCUUGAUGGACCGCUUGCAAAAGAAAUAAGAUGUUUCACUCCGAGGAAUGUGUCGAUUGACAGCUACUUCGGAAUGAAAAUGUCACACAUAGUAUUGGGAAAUCUAUUGGCCCUCCUCAUGGGACUCCUCUUGAUAUUUUUCGGCCUCGGAUUAUGGUUUGCGUUAGACCUGGAGAAGAAAAGCAGGCUUAGCCACAUGUAUUCACCGCUGGAGAAAAACGUGGUGCAAACCAGGCCCGUCUAUGUCUCGACUGUAUGCUGAUGACGCUACGUGAUUUAAUUAUGUAUAAGAAAGGAAGACAGUGAGAGAGAGAAAGAACGAAUGAAAGGGAGAAAAUCCCAUCCGAAAUAUUACACUAAAAAUUAACUUACUGUCGAUAAAGCUUGCAGAGCUAGCAGUGUGUGGAUGCGUAAAACACAUUUUCUAAAAUAUGUAAUAGCUUAUUUACUGAUUUUAAUUAGGAUAUAGAUGUGCUUAUUUUUGUUUUAAAAAAAUAUGAUUAAUUUGUGCUUCAUUGCAAUAUUUAUUUUCUUUGAUUGAUAAAGCUAAAUUGGACAGUCUACAUUUUAACUAUAUAAUAUAAAAUUAAGCUGUCAAACUUAAAAUUUUAUUUAUCUUAAUUAUUUUAAACAGGACAUAUGUAUUUAUUCUGUUAGAAAACUAUUUUUAAUUAUUAUUUAACACCUCUGGUAGCAAAUGAAAAUAAUAGCCAGAGUAGGUCACAAUUGUAUGCUAUUUUACUAGAGAUAUAUAUUAUAUUUUAUCUAAUAUAUUAUUUUUAUAAUGGCUUAAUAAUGCAAUUAUUGUGCACAAGACCACAGGUCUUCCUUUUUUCUUUAAGCACUGAAAGUAAGAAAAUGCAAAAGCAAACAGAAAACAAAUUAAUCAUUGUCUUUAAGUAUUAUCAAUUUAAAAUAAAAACAUAUAUGAGUAAUAUUAAAUAACAUAGUAGUAAUUAAUAAUUUCUUUAAAAUAAUUUUGCAUGAUUAGUCAACUUUAUAACAAUUGGAACGUCUUCCUUAAUAUGUGUAUUCUUGUUUUUAUUUAGGUUUUUACUUGUUUUGUGUAAUUUAAUGUUGUAAUCUAUCAUUUGCCACCCUAGUAUUCAUUUUUAUCAUUGAAAGUAAGUAGGAAAAUGCAACCAAAAUCUACAAAAUUAUGAGCUGGAAAUAAGACAAACAAAUAGUUAAGCACAAAUUAUUAAUAUUUUAUUAUAUUUAAACAUUAAAGGCAUUUCUUUUUCAUUAA